AUGGUGAAGAAAUUGCCGAGAUCUCUUGACAACUCCUUUGACACCCUUGCCCUGAUGAUCCAAGAGCGUCCUGAUUACAAGUCACUUGAUCCCGCUGAUAUUCUUGAGAGGCUCAAUACUCAUGAAUUUCAGCAAGCUGAGAAGAGGGAUAUGUAUGGUCCCAGCUAUGGACGACCUCAUGCUCUAAAGGCAAAGGCUAAAGCAAAGGCAAUUUCACCAUCUAAAGAGGAAGAAGAAGUGUCAGAAUGCAGUACUGAUGAUGCCGAGGAAAUUGGCAGAGAAUUGGCUAUGCUUGUGAGGAAGUUCCAGAAGUUCUCCAAAAGGAACCGCUUUGGAAAGUGUUCAAAGUAUGAUUCAAAGAACAAUGAAGCUUCUGCUCGAGACUACGACAAAAGAACUUGCCACAAAUGCAAGAAGCCAGGCCAUUACAUUGCUAAUUGCCCCCUCUGGAAAAAGGGAUCAAAGAAGAAAAAGUCUAGCAAGGAUGACGAUUAUGAUGACAAAAAGAAGAAGUCAUCAAAUUCUUCAUCAAAGUCCUCAUCAAAGAAUAAAAGCACCUCUGGUAGAGAUCGCACUUUCAUUGGGAAGGAAAUGGAUUUCGAGGAAGAAUCUGAGGAAGCUGAGGAAUCUAAGGAGGAAUCUGGCUCUAGGGUUGCAAGUUUGGCUCUCACUACUGAGUUUGUCAGCAAGUCCAUCUUCGAUCAUGAUGGAAAAAGUGACUCCACCAACUCAGAAGACUGUGCUGAUGACUACACUCCCACCUAUUGCUUCAUGGCAAGAGCUGAAAGUUCAAAUGCUUCAACUACUACUAUAGCUUCAAAUGUCUCUGUGGUUUCAAUUCCCUCAUCUGAGGAGACCACUUGUGUCACUGACGAAAAUGCAGGUCUGAAGUAA